UAGCGGCUAGGACAUGCAGUCUUUCCUUAAUUGUACCAGUUCCAAACACACGAAUAUUACAAAUCUUAAGUGGAUGCCGCUUAGCUACGGAUAAGUGCGAUCUUUAGGUUAAGCGUGCAGCGUACAGAACACUUUCAUCUUUAGUACCAUCUACUGACGAAUUGCAAAUUUGGAUAAAUGUAAUAGAUGAAAAUACGACAUUUUUUUGAGGGUAUCCUUAUAGGCAUUCCUAUUGGAAUCACCUUUUUGGAUACAAUUGGUUAUGUAGCCAAGGUAGAAGGAGUUUCUAUGCAACCAACUUUAAAUCCAGAUGUAAGGAAUCCUGAUUAUGUUUUUCUGAAUCGUCGGGCAAUUCGUACCCAAGAUAUUCAACGUGGUGAAAUAGUAACUGUAAAAUCUCCAAAAACUCCACAGCAAAUUUUGAUUAAACGUGUCGUAGGACUUUCUGGAGACAUUGUACGUACACAUGGUUAUAAAGCAGACAUUCUACAGGUACCAGAAGGUCAUUGUUGGGUAGAAGGAGAUCAUAUUGGACGUUCUAUGGACUCCAAUACCUUUGGACCAGUUUCUCUUGGAUUGAUCACUGCUAAAGCUACUUCUAUAGUUUGGCCACCUAGCCGUUGGCAAUAUCUUUAUCCUUCUAUGACAAAUCAUGAUUUUCCAUUAAAUUCACCAAAAGUACCAGCUGGAUAAUAUAGAAAAAAAAAAAAGAGAAAAAAAUGAGGGCUGUUAGUUUUGUUAAAAGACUGCAGUGGGAUUUACCUGGUACUGUAUGUAGAUAUGGUUUAACAAUAGGAGAUGUUGACAAUGAUGGUGAUAAUGAAUUAGUUGUUGGCACUGCAGAA